AUGGGAGGCUUUCACUGGGCUUUGGGAGUUUGUGAAAUGAACAACCCGACGUGCCCUGUUUCUUGGCCUGGCUUUGAGCCUGGCCAAGAAUAUUUGGAGACCAUGUCUACUAAUGGCAUGUUGUUCAUGGUUUCACUAGGGUUUAAUGCUGCUGCUAGUGUCCGAGUUAGCAAUGAGCUUGGAGCAGGGAACCCCAAGUCGGCAGCUUUCUCGGUUGUUGUGGUAAAUACUGUUUCUUUCAUUGUUUCCGUGUUGGUUGCAGCUAUCGUGUUAUGGCAACGACUUAAUAUUAGCUACAUAUUCACGGAUGGUACCACGGUUUCCAAUACAGUCUCUAAACUCUGUUCAUUCUUAGCAGUCACUCUCAUUCUCAAUGGCAUUCAACCAGUCUUGUCCGGGAAUAUGGUCCGGAAUGAUUGGAGGAACGAUGAUGCAAACCAUCAUAUUGCUCUGCACGAUAUUUCGAACUGA